AAACCACUAUCAGUGUACUCACACAUGGUGAGCUCCAAGCAGCAGUACAAUGACAACAGACCGGUUUACAACAUUCAAGUACACAUUUCCAAUAAAGAACCCAGAGCACAUAAAAGACAGCUGGAAGAUUCAUGUUUCGAUGAGAGCUACGAGACCCCCCUUAAAAGACAAUGCAUCACUAGAACGUUUUCCCCGGAUCAGGGAUACUUCUCCGUGGACUUUCUAAGCAGAGUCCAGGGAUUGACACCUAUACAGCCAUUAAUGAUAUCAAAAAACAUCACACCGCCUCGGUCAAAGGUCAAUCAGCCUGUGACCCCUGUCGUGUCCACCCCUCUGUCCAACUGCAAACAGAACUGGAUAGAUCGAGACCGGGAGAGCCUUCCCUCCCCAAUACCGGUUUUAAAAUGGGACAGAGAGAUUGCGGUGGCUAAAAUAUCAUUGCGUUCAUCUCUAAACUUUGAUUUGUGUAGUUCUGUUUCUUUAGUUGGCUCUCAGGGACCUGUGACAGGUGAAGUCAAGGAGGUCUCCCGUGAUCAUAUCCCAAUCCAUGAAUCAAAAUCCCACAUCACGCCCCCAGAAACUGUUGUCCCAGUAAAAGAGGAAAAAGUAGUGUCUGUCAGUCAACAGCCAGAGCCUGAGGUGACUCUGGGACAUGAAGAAACCACCGCAGAGAGCUUUGAGAGCACACUCCCGCUUCAGGUCCAGGUGAAGUCCAAGGUGGUGGUUCCAGACAACACCAAGACCACCACCAAACCUGCAGUGUUUUCUGAAGAGGAGUGGGAGAGACGGAAGAAGACGUAUGUCGAGUCCGUAAAAAGACAUAUGAAAGAGAAAGGAGCAGCAAACGGUGUCAUCACUGAGCUCCAAACUUUGAUGAACACUGUGGCCAGUCAUCAAACUGGAAGGACCGGACCACACUGGCAACACCCCUCAGACCUCACACGGAGGAAUUAUCUUCAGUCCCAUCCCAGAUGUCAGUUAGUCUCCCUUGACGAGUGGCAAAAAAGAUGCCAUCUUUCCUAUCGACGCUUUGCUAAAGUGCCAGAUAUUUUCCACAGGAGCCCAGUGCUCUGAUUUAUUUAAUAUUUUUACUUCAUUGUUCUGUAUAUUUGUUGUCGUUUGUUUCAUAUCUUUUCUCUCUGUCAUCGCUAUAAAGGUGAGGAUCAUUGAUUCGUGCUGCUGGUUAGUUGCUCGCUGAGAAAUCUAAUCUGGUUUGCGUGUGUUGUUGUUAUUUUUUUUUUGUGUGUGUGUGAUUUCACGGUGUGUGUGGCGUAUUUUGUACUGCAUGUUUCAUAAUAGUGGUGUUGGGCGUCAUGUAAAAAGAUUUAUAUAUAAAUAGACAAUAUAUAGUAUAUUUGUCUUUUGGUGCUUGUAGAAUUCAGAUAUGUAAAUAGUGUGUGGUUUGAUAUUUAUUUGUGUGUAAUGUAGCAUGAUUAAUAUUCUCAGUAGAGUUUAGUCCUUUACCCCAACCAGUGCUUAUUCACCUUUACAGCUGCUGUGUAGUUUUAGGUUCAGUCGCCAGACAAAUCUGUCCAAUUUACUGUAUAUUUGAUUUGUUAGUCAUUUUUCUUUCUUUGUUGUACAUUGUUGCAUAGUACUGUUUGCUUUUUUGAGGACAAACGUUGCAGUGUUUCUUUAGCUAUUUUGUAAACUAAUUACAGUUACAUUUUUAACAUUAAAUGCAUAUAAAGGGACAUGGGUAAAAGAUUUUAUAUUUUGUGAGUAGAAAAAUAUUCUGUUGAACAUCAUUGUUACUUUUAGGAAGAGCAUGCAUGUUGCGUCCUCUUGGUUGAUUUUGUUCAUGUGUUACAUUUGCUUAAAGCAGUUUUAUAAACUUUAUACAUUUAAAUUAAACGAUUUACUGUA